UCUUUUUUCUUUAUUCGAAGGGGUUACUAUUGCGAAGUGUGGGUCGUUCUUCGCACGUGUUCGCCAUCUUAUUCUUGGAGAAGCGUUUUUACAACGAACCUUUUGAGGUUUCAGUUGAGAUUUCAUGUAAAUCUAGUCAGUGGUGAAAAUGGUGGGUGCUAGUAUGCUAGUACACGUAACUCACAUUGAUGAUUCCCCCCGAGGUCGUCAAGGACCGUGUGUCUAUUUCUGGGGGAUGACCCACGACCGAAGCCUGUAUUUGUUAAUGGAAAAAUAUCUCGAAUCUGUCCGACAUUAUCUGGAAAUAAUGCCUCCUCCACUGAAUCUAAAUGUGUUGGAUCAAGUUUGUUGUGUGCUGAUAAAUCACCAGUGGCACAGGGCAAGAGUGCCCGAACCCAAACUCAGCCAUUCAGGCACAAUUGAAGUUUUUUGCAUUGAUUCUGGAGAUACUCACUCUGUUCCUUUAGCAUUUGUUCGAACAUUAGAUAUUCCUGGGCAUGAGGCUGAACACAUACGAGAGUGGCCUCCUUUGGCAAGCAAAUUCAUCCUUGCUGAUAUGGUAGCCCCCCGUGGACCUGGGUCUCGUUCUCAGUGGAGUGAGCCUGCCAUGAUGUUCUUGAAAAUUCAUGUGGAAAACAGAACAUGGAAAGCUGCACCAAUGGGGAUGUAUGGUGAACACCAAGGUGUGCGCCUCUUUGACUCUAACAAUCAACUUUUGGCAACCUUGAUGAUUCAACAAGGAUUGGGUGUAGCCGCACAGACAUACCAUGAAGCAUUAAACAUGUGUGAUGUGCUUGAAAGACAACCUGCCUACAUGAAGGCUGCUGCCAACAUUGGCCACAUAGGAGGCAACAGUUCGGCCGCCAACAACACACUACCACCUGCGUUCGCUAUCCCAUCUACUUAUCGUGACCAACACCCUGCUUUUACGGUGACGACAAGCUACUCCUCGAAACAAUCGCCAAUCCCUCCCAGAGCGUUCGUAACGAACGAUAUACCUCACAGCGGAAGGCACGAUGUCAUCGUAACACACAUUCCCGACGGACCUCUAAAAUUCUACGUUCAACUGAAAAGUGAAAUCAAAGAUCUUAUGAGCUUACGCAAAAAACUCGACACUGUAGUUCCCCGUCCGAUGCAUGGAAAACCGAAGCUUGGUACCCCAUGUAUUGCAGUUUCUCCUACAGAUAAGCUUUUCCAUCGCGGAUUGAUCACAGGCAUCAACGAGGGUGGUAACCAAUGCAGUUGCACUGUCUAUUUCGCCGAUAUUGGAACGCAAGAGCCGGUUAGCCUUUCCUUGAUUUGCCACAUCCCGGAUGAAUUGCUGAUGCCCCGCUUGUUUGCCUAUCGCGUGUCUUUAUUUGGUGUGGAAGAAGUUUUGAAACUCACUGGCCUGAAAGAAAUAUUCACUGCACUGGUGAAUUCAGCCGCCCAUCUGCAAGUUGAAGUUGUGGAAGAUGAUGAGGGGAAACAGAAAGUAAAUCUCUAUGAUCCCAGCGGCCAUAGUUUACACGAAGUUCUUAUUUCGAUUCAGUCGAACCUUCUCGCAACAAAAUUUCAAACCGUCACCCCAAGCCCAUCAACCCCACCGAAGAGUAAUGUGGUUCCUACUUGCGUUACGGAUAUUUCUCCCGUUCAAAUAGAUUUGGAAGAAAGCCUUUGCGUGAUCCAUCCAGAGAACCCCGGCUGUUUUUUUGGACAGUUUGAGAAGAUCCCCGUCAACAGUCUGAAUGAAAUGGUUUCGGAGCUCACGACAGUGUAUUCUUUUAAUCCCAAUUCUCCACUUCUGUAUGCAGAUGUUAGGAGCCACCUUGGCCAUUACGGCGUAGUUUUGUGGGAAGAAGACAACAAUUUCUAUCGCAUUCAGAUAACCAAGGAGAUGGUGAAUGACGCAGAAAUUCACUUCAUCGAUUACGGAAAUUUUCUUGAGGUGCCCCGAUGCAAAAUCCUUGCUCCUCUUGAAGGUUUGACGCGCUUCCGCCAUCCACCUUUCGGCAUACAUUGCAGGCUAGAGGGUGAUGUGGCCUUGUCCGUCUCGGAAUGGAAAGAGGCCAUCUUGGAUAAGUCGGUUGUGGUUACAGUGGGAAAGUGUGAAAAUGGAAUUUAUUCCGCCACAUUGACAAAUGAUCCCUGCAAUUAUGAAAUUGUCAAAAUGGUUUCAAAAAAGGUUACCCCGACAUGCAAGGUGUCACACAAUACACCAGGGGUCAUCGUACGCAGUGAUUCAUCGUCUGCUGCGGCUCAAGUAGUGCCUCCAGCAGAGCCACAGCGACCAAGCGAUGAUCGACGAAGGAGAAACAAAGAUGUUGUCAAUUUUGGAAGAAGCCAUUACGUGCACCCCAAUGCAAAAGAAGCUAACUGGAGAACAGCCGGAGCAGAAGAAACGCAAACGUCGGUUCAAACGAAAUUGUCCAGUAAAGAAUCUAACUGGAGAUCCUCAGCAAAUCCCAUUCAAGAGGUCAUACGGGCGCCGCGAGGUCCCCCUCCCGCAAUGGCCAACCAGGAGAUCAAAGGUCCGGUAGGAUUCCAGAGAUUAGGGUCGACCGAAAAAUCACAAUCUCUAGUUACAAAGCUCACACCUGAACUGUCACCUUCUGCCAUAAUCCCAAUAUUACCCAAGCCAGUCGCAAUGGUCGCUGUCCAAAAAGAGCUCAGUUACCCUGCUCAAGUCCCUCCUAAUGCGGGGAAGCAAAUUGAAGUGAUCUGCGUUGCUAAUCCUUCAAGUUUCUACGUUCGUCUCAUUGAAACCAGUUCGCUGCUGGCCGACAUGGUUCGCAAGCUGAACACGUUGUACUCUGACGAAACUCAAGGAUUCAUCCUAAAUGCCAAAAUGGGUUCUGCUUGUGCGGUGCAGUAUGAAACAGACAACCAGUGGUACCGUGGAAAGAUAAUUGAAUUGAAGGAGUCUUCUUUAACACCUCAGUUCACCGUGCUUUUUGUUGACUAUGGCAAUACCCAGCUGUGUUCUCUGAAACAAGUAAAAUAUGUUGACGAGUCCUUUGUUCAACUACCAGCACUAGCUUACCACUGCAAGCUGGAAGGAACAGAAGGUUCCCGGACUUGGACGAUUGAAGAAGAAAACAAAUUCAAAGAAUACAGCAUGGACAAAACUCUUACCGCCACAUUCGCUGCCUGCGAUUCUGAAGGCAAAUACCCCAUACGACUGGUCGAUGAAAAUGGAAGUGUUAAAAUCAUCAUCAAUGACCUGUUUGUGACAAAAUCAACAUGCCUUUCACCACCUAGUGAAGGGUAUACCUAUCUUCCGGUACCCGAAACGCCAAUCGAUGUAAACGUUGCGUGGUAUCAUAACCCAGGUAGGAUCUUCACGAGCCCAGUGGAUCUCUCCGCGUAUCAAAGUGAAUUGGAUGAACUUGAAAAGUUUUAUUCGUGCUUAUCGCACGAUGAACUGGUAGAGGACCAACCCAGAGUUGGAUUGCCUUGCGUGGCUCGCUUUACUGGAGACGAACGUUACUACAGAUCACGCAUUCUAGCUAUUCAAGAUAGGGUAGCCAAAGUACUCUUUGUUGACUACGGAAACGACCAGGACACUCCGUUGGCGCAGUUGAAACGGAUUGUUCCGCGCUUCAUGAAAUUUCCACAGCUGACGUGGCAUUCGAAGUUGAAGGGAGUGAAGAAAAUGGCUACUGGCCCACUCAAUCCCAAUCCACAAAAACACAUAGCCGCCUGCUUUUUAACUGAACAGACGCUCUCCGCAUCGUUCCAUCCUGUUGGUCCAGAUAACAACGGAAUAUUCGAAGUGAACCUGGUAGUUCCCGGGAUUGGCGAUGUGGCGCAAUACUUGAUUCAACAAAAAAUCUUGGACAGCAUCCCAGUAGAAACUGAAACAAAAUAUGCGGUCCAGAAUUUAAAUUUCACUCCAGGACAAAUCAUUUCCACUCAAGCCGUAGCUCCUUACAUCAAAUCAGCCACCGAGUUCUGGGUUCAGUUAGAACCGCAAUCGAUCUUUGCCAUCACGAAACGUAUUGACACUUUGGUCCUUGAUCCCAAGUUCACUAACUCCAAAGAUUAUACGGCCUCGGUCGGCGAGCCUUGCAUGGCGUUCUUCGCCGACGAUGGUUGCUGGUAUCGCGCCAUUGUCGAAUCUGUUAACGGGGACACUGCGACCGUCCAUUAUGUGGAUUACGGCAACAGUUGCGCAGUAAACAUCAGCGAUUUGCGACCGCUACCAGUGGAUGUGUCUCAACAACCUGCCGCUGCUUAUAAAUGCAGUGUAGUUGGAGCAGAAGCUUUCACUGAAGAAGUUUCCCUGGCUUUUGAAACUCUCAUUGUCGAAUUGGAAGCCUUCAGCGUACACUGCGUGAACGUGAUCGAUGGAACCCUGAACGUUCGCCUCUUCUCCACCGAUGGCGUUGACUUGAUUGAACAGCUGUGUAACUCGCACUUGAAUCGACCACAGAUCGAAGAACUACAUGUCGUAAAUGUGGUCAGUGCUCCCAUUCCAACAACCGAAUCACAAGAUGAAGUAAUCGCUGAAGAAAGUGCGCUUGUCACUUGUUCAGUGAUAGAAGAGGACGUUCACCAUACACCUGUGAUGCCAGAGCCACCCACGUCAGAGUCGGUCACGGAGGGUCAACCGCCCAUUGAUUGUGUGAAGGUGUACGUCACGUAUUCCGUAUCUCCAAAUGAGUUCUGGCUUCAACUGAGGCAGAACAAUGACGUGUUGAUUGGAAUGUUGGACGAAAUAGCCGAUACUUACGAGGCUGAUAAAGAAUCAUUUCGAAUCGAGGGGCAACCCGUUGUCCAUCAGAUUUAUGGAGUGCAUCACCCCACUUACUGCGCAUGGUACCGCGCCAAGGUCAUCAACAUUUCCGAAGACAUUGCAGAAGUUCAGUUCAUCGAUUACGGUGAUACUCUCAGCGUCCCACUGGAAGAUGUACUGAAUUUGCCUGAGAAAUUCUUAAACAUUCCGGCCAUGGCCAUCCAGGGAAAUUUGUCUGUGGAAUCGUCGGAAGCGAUUGCAGUAAAAUUCAACGACGUUUGUUUCGAGUCGGACGAUAUGCACUGGGCGUCAUUGGGAACGGACGAUAACGGCGUGCAAUUUGUGAAAUCGCUUUUCAUCGGAGACUCCAACGUUCUCGAUUUGAUUGCCGUGGAAGAAUCCGUAGCUGCCCCCUACGAUAUCAGCCUAUCAACGAUUCCCGAGGCCUUAAUGGAACAGUCGGCACAAACGCCAACGGGAGGGGACGCAAGCCAUGGCUCGUCACCAGACAGAAACGUCGAAGUUCUCGUUUGUUCCGAAGAGCUAUCGUUCGGCAACCCACUGGAACCUGAGACAGAAAUAAAAAUCGAAGACGAUUCAUCUCUCGAUCUCACACAACUGCCAACAUUGGACUUGAAUUUUGCUCCUGGCCAGCGGAUGUCAACGUACGCCUCGGUAUCGCACAUCGAAUCGCCCACAGAGAUUUGGAUUCAAUUGGACCCGACCGCUGUCGAUAACCUGAUGUCCGAGAUCGCCGCUGUAGAUAUAUCUAGCUUAGUUACAGCGAAACCGCAGGUGGGCGGUCAUUGUCUAGCGCUGUUUCCAGACAAUGGACAAUGGCAUCGUGCCGUCGUAACUCAGAGAGACGCUGGAUCGAAUGAAGUACGCGUAUGUUACGUCGAUUACGGAAACUCUUUGAUGUUAAACAAUGAAGAUCUUCGAGUUUUGUCGGCCCAUUUUGCUGAGCGACCCGCGUUGGCUUUCAAGUGCGCGUUGGACGGGAUCGAACGCAACGUCAUAUCAUCUCCAAGCACCGAUCAAUGCAUUUCCGUUCUCCAGGAAGAAAUUCUCACCGUCACCUUUUCCAGCAGGACGUCUGACUGUAUUUACGUCCGACUGUUCGACACGACAGGAUCCGAUCUCAACGAAAAACUGGGUCUACCUGAAACGUUCAAAGUUGAAAAUGUCGGGGCGAACCUUUUGGAAUUCACGGCCUUUGACGAUGUGGAAAUGGCGUCGCCGUUACUGAAAGCCACCGAGUCUUCCGUUUCCAACCUUUUAGACGAGCAACGUGUUAUGCCGUUAGAAAUGGCUCCUACGGUUGAAGACACGAGAGAAAUUGUUGCUGGACACGCGGAAAUUUGCAAUGCAGAAGCCGUUGAUGUUAUGCAGCGGAUUGCAGUGAAAGAGGUCGAGCAAGCCGAUGGGUUUGUGCAAAUCGCGGAUGGACACCCACAGAAGGACGCGGGCGUAAUCGAUUGGAUGCAGCCAGGGGCAAUGAAAGCGAACGACGCGAGCUUUCCACGAGUUGCGACAUUGCAAUUAGAAAAUCAUGAAGACAAAAUAGAACAUCGUUGCGAACAUACUGUGACCGAAGAGGAUAACUUCAUCAUUCAUUCUACGCAGAUUGCUGUUGAUUGUCCAGAAUAUACGGAGGAGGCAAUGGCCGAUGGAAUGCAACAACUGACUGUCGAAGAACAUCAUUUUCCCGCCAGUCCAGUGCGAGUCGCUGUCGGAGAUUCGAAAAUCGAGGCAAAGGAAGUUGCGGAUAGCGUACAACAAACUCCAGUCAAGAGUGACGACCUGGUUGGAAGUUUUAUGCCAAUCGCGCCUGCAUAUUUAGAAAACGAAGGAGAAGAAGUAGCGGAUCGAAUGCAACAAGUGGCCAUAACGGAGAGCGAUCUUCCCGAAAGCUUUAGCGAGUCGAUCGAUUCGUUGAUGCGCCAAGCUAUACUGCAACAAAACGUGGAGCUGAAAGAAAACGAAGUUCGCGAACAGUUAGCCAUCCUCGAACAAGAAGUAGCCCGUGCAGAUGGUGGCGCGGAAAUUGACGCGCAAGAAACGACGCAUUUGGCGUCGCCCAAUGCGGAAACAACAGAGAAUUUAAACGUCCCUGAACACGAGUUUACGCAUAUUGUCGGCUCACAUGCGGAUACUACCUCAAUCGUAUUACGUCCUCCCGUUGAGCUUCCAGCCAUUGACAGCGUGGCACUCGAAGGAUCGGUCGUUGCUGCAUCGGCAAAGGCGGAAGAAGGAAGAACGGGAAAUGCCCCAAUCCCCGAUCCGUGCUCCCAUUCUGACCGGACGGUCGGGGAAAAUUUGUUCGAUGAACGGGUCGUGAUGCAGAUCAAAACUGAAGUCGUAUCCGAUCAUGAAGAUGAUGCCGUACCGAAAGGGAAUGUGUACGUGUCGUACAUCGUGUCUCCAGGUGAUUUCUGGAUGCAGAAAACCGAAGAUGAACAAACGAUAGGUGAUCUCGACUACCAGAUGUCCGACUUGAAUCUCGAUGCUUCAUCGAAAUAUGAACUGAAAGAACCACUCAUGGUUGGCAACAUUUACGCAGCUAAACAUCAUGGUUACGGCUAUUGGUACAGAGCCAGACUGCUGAAAUUCGAAGACAACUUGGCCGAAGUGAUUUUUGUUGAUUACGGAGACACGAGGGUGGUUACAACUGCGGACAUCCGCCACCUUCCGCGAGUUUUGCAGGGCGUUCCCCUGGCGUUUCACGCUAAAUUGGCCGCUUUGCAUUUGGACUGCUGGCCUGAAAAGACGACCAACGUCAUGAAGGAGCUCUGCCGUCCCGAAGACGUUUGCCGAGCAACGUUUCGCACCAAAGACGUCGAUGGCAUCGUCGAGGUGGAUUCUCUCGUCUGCGGCAAUUGCGACGUCGUGAGUGCAAUCCUUACCAGCCUGGUGUGUGAACAUCACGUUGACGCGCCCUCGCUGCAGCAUGUUGCGCAACCCGUCUUGCCACAGCGCAACGAACCGUACGCUGGAACGCCUCAGGUGGAUGCCCAGCUCUUUUUCAUCCGUGUCCAACCGGACAAGGAUGUUGUGAAAACAAGUCACAACCUCGUCGAAGGUGAAGGGAAUCUUCCAGUUGAGUGAAUGCUACUUAACAAGUAUUGGUAAAAAAAAAAAAAAAAAAAUCCCAUUCAAAUUUUUUCUUUCGUCUCAUUGUUUACACAACUGUUUUUUCUUCUUGAUUUCAAAAAGCAAAUUCUAAAUAUGUUAACUCAGUACCUUUAACUGUUGAGAGCCAAAUUUGGCAAUUUCUUUUUUUUUUUUUUUUCGCUGUCAAUCCGAGGACUUGUAUUGUCUUUGAAGCCUUUGGAUAUCGGAAAUUCAUCUCCUUUGUUCUGUUAACCAAGAGUCGACUCGA